AUGGCAAACGUCGUUGGAGAUCGCCUUCUUGAGGGAAUGGGCGUCACCCUUCAAGUGACCUUUUAUAUCGACCCUACUCGUGGGAACAGAAUGAAUCCAGAAAAAGAAAACCAAAACAAACCAAAAAUGACACAGCAACUACUCCAAAAAAGCAUGUUUGCACGUGCUAGGAGCCACUCACUAGAAACCUUACCAAAUGAACCACCAAAAAUAAUAAACCCGAACGUUAAGGGGAAUGAGAAAUCAAACCCAUCUGCUAUAAUCGACGAACAAGGCAAAAAACAAAAUCUACCCUGGCAAAACGAUCAGGUUCCUAUAAAAAGAAAAGCUGAUUCUAGCCCUGAAUGGGUAAAGAAACAUAGUAAGUUAAACAAAACAACGUACGCAGUUACCACGGAAAACAGAUUCGAAAUUUUGGAGUCAGAAAAUAAUGACGAACCCAGUCAACAACCUAAGACACCUAAACCGCCAAAGCCAGAACCCAUAUUCGUCACUGGAGUCAUAGAUAUAACGAAAUUAAAAGAACUCCUUUCCUCAAUUGCAAACGCUGACAAAUAUACUAUAACAACUCUGAGGUCAGGACACAUAGUAAAAAUAAUGCCUGGUGACGUAGACAGUUACAAAACUAUAAGAGAUAAUUUUAUAGAAAAUAACGUCAGUCAUUACACAUAUAAACUCAAAAGCGAGAGAGCCUAUAGAGUGGUGUUACGGGGUUUGCAUUCUUCGGAAGACACAGAUUGCAUAAAGAAAGAACUUUUCGAACUCGGACAUGAAGUCCGGCACAUCACAAAUGUAAGGCAUAAAAGUACUAAACAUCCUCUACCCUUAUUCUAUGUUGAUCUUGAGCCGAAACAAAACAACAAAGAAAUCUUUAAAAUAAAUAAGAUAAACUAUGUAAAAGUCUCAUUCGAAGCGCCAUACAAAAAGCUAAACAUUUUGCAAUGUAAAAGAUGUCAAAGAUUUGGACACGCAAAAAAUCAAUGCUACCAUAGAUAA